AUGUCUGAUCAGGAGGAACAGUUUGAUGCUGAGGAUAAAGUUGAGUCAACAGAAAAAAAUGAUGAUGCUUCUAACACUGUCAAUAUUCCAGUUCCUCCAGAAGAGCCUCAAGAGUUAGAGCAAGCUGAAGAGUAUGAGUAUGAGUUAGAAGAAUACAGUGACAACUAUAAAAUACCUAUUGAGGAGGAGAGUGAGCGGAGCUCUUCAAGCCUGGAUUCAAUCUAUGAAGAACUCAUGGGAAAGGAUAUGCCCCUCAUGGGGAUUCCACCUACACAAAGACAAGAGCACUACUCAACACUAAGUCCAGAUUAUGAUAACCUGGCAUUUCUGGAUAAAAUAAAAGCUAUAAGGUCAUCUUUGCAAAAAUCUAUACAAGAUUCUUCAGCAGCAGUAAAAGUUGUACUUGUUCCAGUGGGUCAGGAGAUUACAAUGCCUUUUAAAGUUGACAGCAUUAUCAAAAACCUCAAGGAUCAUUUUUCACUCCUAUUAGGUGUUCCAUAUUAUGUACUGCAGGUAACCCAUGCAGGAAUAAUUCUUAAAAAUACUGACACUCUACUACAACAUGGAGUUAAUCCACAGGAAGUUGUACAACUGGAAAUUUCUUCCGUAUAUCCAAAUAAAUAUCCAAUUAAAAGGAUACAAAGAUUAUAUGAUGUCUCUCAAAUCAUAAGUGUCACCGUACAAACUGGAAUUGAUCAAUACCAAGAGGUACCUGUUGAAAUUUUAAAAUGUGACUUUCAUAAACCAUUUCUUGGUGGAUUCAAGCAUAAACUAACAGGAAUAGAAUAUCACAAUGCUGGAACCCAAACUGUACCUAAAAAGAUUCCUGAAAGACUUGGUUUAUUUUGUAGGGAUACACAGACAGUUUUUCAGAGAAAAAAAUUACAGCAAACUACAAAUACAACAUCUACACAGAUGACUAAAAUUGGUGUGUAUGUGUCUAAUAUGACUGAUAAACUGGUAGAACCAGGAAUAUAUUUCUCAGCGGACGAAUACCAUGCUCAAAGAUUAAGAGCGGUAUUAGUGCUACAGACUUAUUACAGGCAAUGGCAUGCUAGGGUCUUCGUAGAGAGUAUAAGAAGAGAGAAAGAAUUGAGACUGGAGUGGGAAGCUCAGGAAGAACUACGAAAGAUAAGAGAAAAAGAAGAAUGGAUGAAAUUAGACUAUUACCGGAGACAUUAUCCCAAAACAAAUGAAGACUUUGAACUUCUUUAUAAUGCACUGGAACUCUGGCGGCAAGAAGAACUUAUACGCAUUAACGAGACUUUCACUGGAGCUGAAAGGAAAGCUGCUUUGUGCGAAAUUCUGGAAAAAGAGACUCAGAUAAUUGCUUGCAUUGGGAGACAUAGAUACACUGCUCGUGUAGAGAGUCAGGAUGCAGAAGUACAAGCUUUUUUGAAUAAGUGCUCAGCUCCGAAGCUGGUGAGGACACCUAAAGGCAGCGUAAUCGAGAUGGACACACAGUUCACCAUCAGAGCCAGAGAGCUACAGAGCAUCUACAAAUGCAUUCUGCUGAAGAACCUCUCUCAAGAUGAGAGGCUGGAUGUACUCUUAACGCUUAAACACACUGUGAAGGAACAUGAAUGUAAACUGACUCACGAGAUUCUAGAAUUGAUUGACCGAGAGGUUGACCUUAUGAUGAGAGGAGUCAAACCCCAGAACCUUGAAGGACUCCGAAAAAGAAUUGCAACACUCUUUUUUCAUUACAUCAAAACGCCCCUGUUUAAUCCUGAAGUGGCGAGACACAAUAAGAUCCCUCAAGACCCAUUGAAGUUUUAUAAGAAGAUUUACUUUUGUGAGGGUUGUCAGCUAUAUUUGCCGUCUACGGAGUUUGCCAUAUUAUCUACCACACAACAUGUACGCCGGUGCCGUCGCUGUGUUAGUCUUGAGAAUGAAGCUAGACAACGAGAAUCGUUUUUGAAGUACAAAUAUUUACUUCAAAGGCUCUACUAUUCAGAAGCUAAUUAUGGAGAUGACUCUAAAAUUGCUUUCUUAAUGCAGCUACAAGAUAUUCAGUACCUGAUAGAAAACAUUUGGGCAUCCCAGUCCAUACUCAGUGCCUGGAAAGAUCUCAAUGAUCUGGUCAUGGUCAGAUGGGAUAAGUCCUUGGAGUGGUCCCCUUGGAACUGCAUUCUUCUUACCAAAGAUGAAGCGGCUGCUCAUCUCAAGCUAACAAGCAUUGAAGAGGGAUAUAGAAACUCAUUUAUCCACAAGAUCAAGCACAAGCAUAUCCUGGCUAAGAACUAUUUUUCUCAGAUUCCUGUGCUGGCUUCAUUUUUACUUGAUGAUGAUGAAAUAAGUGAAAUCAGAAUGAAAUAUCAGUCAAAAUCACCUAAGAUUAUAGAAUCCAAAAGAAAGACUGAAAUCAUGUUACUGGACUCUUUUGAGGGCUGGAUUUCAGAUUGGUGCAGCGGGGGAGGUUCUGAAGCCGAAGUAGACAGCAGGAGGAAGGAAGGCACUUCAGCUUCUGGCUCUGGAAGUGGUGAGAAUCUCAGGUUCUUCUGUGUGGUGGCCUUGGUUCCAGCAGCCUCAGUGGCAGCUGCUGCACAGAGUUGGCAUGAGGGUCUCCGGUAA